AUGAAAGUUAAAUUUUAAUGCUCUAAAAUUCUUGAAGCCUUAAAUAGAAAUCUAAUCAAACCUAAACAACAAGUAGAAAUCAGACUUGAUAGAUUGUCCAUGGAUCCUCAUCGUUAUUGGAUAGCGGUUGCAAAAGGAAUGGAAAGACCUUUUUCUGGAGAAUUUUGGAAUGUACAUUUUCUCAAAUAAACAAGCACGAUCAAUAAGGGGUUUACUAAUGUUUUCAUUGCAAAAAUACAUUGUUUUAAAGUGAUCACAAAUUUUAAGCAUAAACAGGUUAUGCAUCAUUUUACUAGCAUCACAAAAAUAGUGUGAAAACUAUUGAAACUAAAGCAAAAUAUGUAAUAUUAUUACAAUACAGAGGUAUUCAGCUUUGCAAUGCAUGAAUUGUUAAUCCUAUAUAGGAUAAAUUUCAUAGGACGGACCACCUCCAACAUUCUUAAGAUAUUCAAUAAAUUCAGGUGCUUUGAGAUUUUAUCAACCAAAAAAAAAUUAAACAAAUCUAAAUUAAUCAUAAAAAUGA